ACGAUCUCCGACUGUCCUUAGCUUAAGUGCUGAUAAAUCCAACAAAAGCAAAGACAUGAAGUGCAAUCAAUUUAAUCACCUGGCGGUUUACCUGUCAAUGAUUUCACUAAUUCUCGUCAUAGUCGAUCCGAUGGCGGCUCGAGUCGUCAUCGACCCCGGAGUCGACGAAGCUGGCAACGGUCUCUACGGCGGAAUGGUCCAGGGCCGUCAGAUCACAGCCCUGCUGACCGUCACGCGGACCGUUUCCUCUGCGACGACGUCGACUUUAUCCACGACCAGCCUUUGCGUCAAGCUGAGCACCAGCGGAAGUCUGACGCCCACCCAGUGCCGCCGCCGCCGCAACUGGAACGGACGCCGAGAAGAAGAACCUUUGCUCUACGUCCUGUUCGACCAGAACGGCGAAGAUGUUGAAUUCGUCCAGCCCAGUCGAAUCGAUCCGUCCAAAGUCUUGAGUGUGGAAACGACGGAAUUGGCCAAAUUCCGUGACGGGAUACCAGCAUCAACCGGGCCGGCCAUCAUCGAAUCAUCAUUAGAAACCGAAGAUUCUUCAACGGAGGACAACGGCGUCCGUGUCGCUCAGCCCAUUUAUUUCAGCGCGCUGGCGUCCAUCCUGUCCAAUAUCUUUCCAAGUGCUUUCCAGUCGACGACGACCAGCACGAAAACAUCGACCGUUUACGCAGGAGGUACCACUGUCGUCACCGUCUACACUUCCACCAAUUCGUUCACUCUUGUCGGCUCCUGCUAUCCGGCUUUCCCUCCGCUUUGUUAGAAAUGAUCCAUUAUUAUAUUCCCUAUUGAUAUUGAUAUUUAAUUGUCUCUGAAUUUAUAAGUUUAGUUUAGACUAAUGAUUUGUUAGCCCGUUCGCUUAUUUUAGUUGGAAAUCGUUCGUAUUAUCCACUUAAAUUUAAGUCGAAUUUAGUUGCUAGUUUUUCGUCAUUAUAACCAAUACAAAUCUGA